GCUCUGGCCCCGCCCCUGUCGAACGUCUUCACGGGGUCGCUCUGGAAACGCAUUCUGCAAGAACAGACUGGGACCAAUGGGAAGCGAGCGAGUACCAUGAAUGGACCAAUAAGGAGGGAGUGGUGCGGGGUUUAAACCCGAGCGGGCCAGCUCCUCCCGGCGUGCUGCAGAGGAACGGCUGUUUAUCUGUGGUGGGGUCAAGUCUUUGGUUAGUCCGAGACUCCAGUGUUCCUGUACCUGCUUCUGCCAGCUGACCCGCUGCCUGGUGAAAAGAAAGCCAUGGCGCUCCGAGUCACCAGGAACAUGAAAAUUAAUGCCGAAAAUAAGGCCAAGAUCAGUAUGGCAGGUGCAAAGCGUGUCCCUGUGGCCACUGCUGCAGCCUCCAAGCCUGGGCUAAGGCCAAGAACCGCUCUUGGAGACAUUGGCAAUAAAGUCAGUGAACAGCUGCAGGCUAGAGUGCCUCUGAAAAAGGAAGCAAAACCAUCAGCUACUGGAAAAGUUAUUGCUAAAAAACUUCCAAAACCUUUGGAAAAGGCACCUGUGUGUGUUCCAGAGCCUGAAGCUGAACCUGAACCAGAACCUGAACCUGAGCCUGUCAAGGAAGAAAAACUUUCGCCUGAACCUAUUUUGGUUGAUACUCCCUCUCCAAGCCCAAUGGAAACAUCUGGAUGUGCUCCUGCAGAAGAAUAUCUCUGUCAGGCUUUUUCUGACGUAAUUCUUGCAGUGAAUGAUGUGGAUGCAGAAGAUGGAGCAGAUCCAAACCUUUGUAGUGAAUAUGUAAAGGAUAUUUAUGCUUAUCUGAGACAACUUGAGGAAGAACAAUCAGUGAGACCAAAAUACCUACUGGGUCGGGAAGUCACUGGAAACAUGAGAGCCAUCCUAAUUGACUGGCUAGUACAGGUUCAAAUGAAAUUCAGGUUGCUGCAGGAGACCAUGUAUAUGACUGUUGCCAUUAUUGAUCGGUUCAUGCAGGAUAAUUGUGUGCCCAAGAAGAUGCUGCAGCUGGUUGGUGUCACUGCCAUGUUUAUUGCAAGCAAAUACGAAGAAAUGUACCCUCCAGAAAUUGGUGACUUUGCUUUUGUGACUAACAACACUUACACUAAGCACCAAAUCAGACAGAUGGAAAUGAAGAUUCUAAGAGUUUUAAACUUUGGUCUGGGUCGCCCCCUACCACUGCACUUCCUUCGUAGAGCCUCUAAGAUUGGAGAGGUUGAUGUUGAGCAACAUACUUUGGCUAAAUACCUGAUGGAACUAACUAUGUUGGACUAUGAUAUGGUGCACUUUCCUCCUUCUCAAAUUGCAGCAGGAGCUUUUUGCUUAGCACUGAAAAUUCUUGACAAUGGUGAAUGGACACCAACUCUACAGCAUUACCUGUUAUAUACCGAAGAGUCUCUUCUUCCUGUUAUGCAGCACCUGGCUAAGAAUAUAGUCAUGGUAAAUCGUGGGCUUACAAAGCAUAUGACUAUCAAGAACAAGUAUGCCACAUCUAAGCAUGCAAAGAUCAGCACUCUUGCACAGCUGAAUUCUGCACUAAUUCAAGAUUUAGCCAAGGCUGUGGCAAAGGUGUAACUUGUAAAUUUGAGUUGGAAUACUUUAUCUGCAAAUAAAAUUGGCACCAUGUGCCACCUGUACAUAUUAUACUACCUUUACAUACUUUGAAAUAAAGGUUGUGGCCCUUUUUAUUUUUCAUAGCUUAACUCAUUUUAAUGUGGUUGCUUCCUAUUCUUGUCUUAAAAGGAUGGUGGGGAACAUUUUUUUAAAAAACUGCUUUCAAUUUACUAGGGGAUCCAACUGAUGUAUAUAAUUGUUGCCUAUAUGUUAAUAUACUUGUUUUAUAUACCUGACAUUUGCUUUUUUAUGAGGUAGUAAAAUUACCUAAAACUGUUAUUUCCAUUAGGGCAUACUGCAUGUGAACCAAAUCACCUUGGAGAAUCUUCUACCUAGUUCUGUUUUUAAAGUAGAAGACUACCACCUCAUCCCUAGUUCUUCUUUUUGUUUUAUUUAUUCUGAGGGUUUCUGCCCUAAUUGUAAGUGAUUUACUUUAACCAUUAAUUUUGAGCUAUCAGCUUUAGUAUUUUUUUUUAAUGUUUUCACUUUGAAAAAUAACUUUAAUUUACUUCCUAAACCCAGUUUUCAUGUUAUGUAUUUAUCUUUUUGUUUAAUGGUUUAACAAAAUAACAGGAUGCUCAAAACAUACAAAUGUAUCCUUUUAAGAAAAAGGUAAUUUACCCCUCCCUUCUCAAUCCCAUUGAAGAUUUGAAAUGUAUCCUUCCAUGUCUUGUGUGAAUAUAGACAGACAUAUAAGUUGUCAUUUUUUUUUUUUUAAAUAGGUUCCUUCUGUACACAGCAGUUCUUUUCAAUGUACAUAGACCUUCCUGGAUUUGUGCAUCACAUUAAGUUCUAAUAAUAGGUGGAGUCAGAUGAUUUUCCCAGUGUCAUCAGUAGCAUGCAAAUGUGCUAGUUUUCUCUGCAUCAUUGUUAGAAUUGAAGGUCUUUAACUGGCAAAAAAAAAAAAAUAUUCUAUCUCAUUUGUUAUUUUAAUUUACACUUCUGGUGGCAAGUUGAAUAAAUUGUUUUAUCAAUGUGGAA